CUUUUACUCAUUUAAAAAGCUAAAAUUUUCAGCUGAUUCUUUAAUAGAUAAAAGAAAAGGAGGGGAAGGGGUUAGCUGAUUUUUGGCUCUAAUUUGUUUUUCUUAUUGUCCAACAGGAAAAAUCGGAAAUCAAAAAGUAAAGAAAGGGGGCAUUACGAUUCCUUGUUACAGAACUCAAACCGACGAAACACACAAAACCACAACUCUGUGGUUAAGCCAUCCCCUAACCUAAAAAAUUUAUUCUCUACCGGUCUCAGAGAUGACGACCCACUCAGAUGCAGAGCAAGAAGCACAACGCUUGAAAGCACUAGCUGAAACCAAAUACAAGAAUUCAAACCUCCAAUCCGCUCUCAAACAUGCCAAGAAAGCCCACCGUCUUUGUCCCAACCUCGAAGGCAUCUCCUCCAUGCUCACUGCCUUUAAGAUUCUCCGGGCGGCUUCCAAACCCAAACAUGCUCCCGAUUGGUAUAAAAUUCUCCAGGUAGAACCCUUUUCCCACUUUAACUCCAUCAAGAAACAGUAUAGAAAACUAGCUUUGAUUUUGCAUCCUGACAAGAACCCUUUUUUAGGAUGUGAAGAAGCGUUUAAGCUAGUUGGUGAAGGGUUUAGGAUGUUUUCUGAUAAGAUUAGGAGGAAAGAAUAUGAUAUGAAGCUUAGGAUUAGGAUUCAGGAGGAAAGGCUUGAUGGAUUGGAAGGGAAUAAUGGUGCUGUUGGUGAGACAUUUUGGACUGCCUGUUCGCGCUGUAGGUUGUUGCAUAAGUUUGAAAAGAUGUAUUUGGGGCAUAAUUUGGUCUGCCCAAGUUGUAAGAAGAGCUUUUUGGCUGUGGAGGUUGAUGGAGAAGAUGAUGGUCAUGGUGAAAGUACGGGAGAGGAGGAUGUCUUGGCUUCUAAACCAGGUGAGAGGUUGAAGAGGAAGAUGGAUGGUCCCAAAGGUGUUGGGUUGGAGGGGGGAAAGGGUACUGGUGAGACAACUAGAAGUGUAGGCUCAAGGAGGCAAGCUAGUGGUGAGAAUUUGAAGGAGGAAGAGAGUGGUGAUGUGGGGAAGGGAGUGGAUGGUGGUGAGUGGGGUGUGGGGAGGUUGAGGAGCAGAGGCUCAAGGAGGAUGAGUACUGUUGGGAAGAUAUUGGCAAGGUCUGUAGGUGGGAAGGUGGGAGAUGAUGAGAUGGAGGAGAGCUCAAAGUCAAAGAGGGUAAAAGUUGCAGAGGAGACAAUGACACUUGCGGAAAUGCAGUUGGAAAUGAAGCAAAAGGCUAAUCAAGGACGGGAAAAGUUGAAUAAAAAAGAAAAGGUGAAAGAUGCAGGUGAAAAGGAGAAGGAAAGUGAGAGAGAUGAACCUAAACAAAGUAGUCUUUCAAAGAAUGAGAAACCGAAGGCAUCAGAGAAGAGUAAGGGUUUUGAGAUUGAGAAUCAGGGACCUUCACAGGCAAGUGUAAAUUUGGGGAUUAUGACACGUUCAACUAAGAAAAGAAGUGUAGAUUUUGAAACUAAGACUCAAGAGAAUGGGAAGAAGAAUCAAAAUUCAGAGCUCACCAAGCAAGGGACUUCUAGGAAGAGAGUGAAUUCAGACAUUGAGAAGCGCCGUAGUUCCAAGAGUAGGGACAUGGAAAUUGUGGCUGUGGAGGAUUUGGAUUUCUAUGAUUUUUAUAAAGAUAGAUCUGAGAGGAAUUUUAAGAAAGGGCAAGUGUGGGCUAUAUAUGAUGAUGAUGGAAUGCCUAGGCGUUAUGGUUUGAUUGAGGAAGUGUUUUCGGUAAAUCCGUUUGAAGUGAAGAUGAGUUGGUUGGACUCUCAGAAUAAUGGGGAUGACAAGUUAAUUAGUUGGGAGGAAAUGGGAUUUCAUGUAUCCUGUGGGAGAUUUAAGGUCGCCAGGAAGAGUUCAAUUAACUCUCUGAAUAUCUUUUCGCACAUGGUAGAAUGUGAAAGGGCGGCAAAGGAAUUUUAUAGGAUUUAUCCGAGGAAGGGCUCAGUUUGGGUUCUUUAUAAUGAAGCUAAAUUAGGUGCAGCAGGAAGAAAUCGUUCAGCUAGAGAUAAACACUGCUAUGACAUAGUUGUGCUUUUAACAACUUAUAGUGAAGUUCAUGGAUUGAGCAUGGCAUAUCUUGAGAAAGUUGAUGGAUUCAAGACGGUAUUUAAGAGACAGGAGAUUGGAUGUCAGGCUAUUAGAUGGCUUGAAAAAGAUGACAUUAGGUUGUUUUCACAUCAGAUUCCUGCACGGAAGCUUUCUGGUGAUGAUGUCCCUGAUCUUUUGAAAGACUGCUGGGAACUUGAUCCUGCUUCAGUCCCUCCUGAUCUUGCUAUUGGCUGCUAAAGAUGAUAUGUAUUUCAGAAACCUGAUUUUGCUUACCUAUAGUGUGGAGGAUCCAUUAUGAUGCAAGUACCCUGCAGAGAAACAUGAAUUUUUUAGCUGCUUUAUAAUUUCUUCAAGAUAUAUUAAUAGCUACUGCAAUAGAUCUUACUAGGAAGAAAUAACCUGUGAAUACUGCCACCGACUCAUGACUUUUUAACAUGGUUAAGCAGGCAUUUGUUUUGUGAUAAGUAGAGGAUAGCUGUAGUAGUGCAGUUCAGUGAUAUACAUUUGUAUUGAUAAUCUUUUAUUUUGGACAAUGGAAGACUGUAAGUUGCUUUUCACGAUUCAACUUCACGUAUCAAUGCUCAAAGGUUUUUAAGCUGAUUGCAAUAGAAA